GUUUAGAAUAGUUUUAAUAAAGCCUACGCAAAAGUUCAAAAUCAUUGUUUAUAAAAGAAAUAAAAGAAUCACGCUACUUUUGUUUACUGGUCAAUUAAUUAGUAAUUAAUAUGAAUGAAAAUGAACCAACUAUGUUAUUGAAUGAAGCUACAUUUUUAAUUGGAAAAAAUUCUUUCAAAACUGAACGAUCCAAUGAAGAUGAUUAUGUUAAUGAGAUGAAUCUUAUAGGCCAUAAAAUUUGUCAAAAUGGUAAUCAUAUUAUUGACAAUCAUAUUAAUGGUAAUGAUAAUUAUGAAGUAGAUAAUAAUGAUGAUGUUGAUGAUUAUACAGAAUUACAUCAUGAUUUAAGUACAGUACAUGAAUUAGAUUCACAUAGUAUAGAAUCUGAACAAACAAUGAAUACAACAAAAGUGUUAACAAAAAAAAUUACAACAACACCUAAUGGUAUAAUACAUAUAUAUCAUACUGAUAAUUCACAUAACAAUAAUUCUAAUAAUACAACAAGACAUCAAAAACAUAUGAAUAAUUAUGUUGACAAUGAUGAAGUGAUUGAUGAUAUGGAUGAUGAUAUUAAUUGUGAAGAUCAAUCAAUUAAUGAACUUGAUAUAACGGAUGAAUCAAUAUAUUAUGAACCUUAUUCUAGAUCACAAAUUAAUGUAACCUUGGGAAAACGUAAUCAACUCAAUGAUACAUUAAAUAAAAGAUCUAGUAAAAGUCAUACAACAUUGAACAAUGCAAACUGGAAAGUGUUAAAGCCAAAUAAAUCAAAAGACUAUGUACUAGCUGUCUCACCACGUCCUCCAUUACCAAGAAAUAUACAAACAUAUAAUCAUGGUUAUUAUCCAAGUAGACGUGAGCAUUCACAUGCAAAUGAAUUCCAUAGUAAUGUUAAUGGUAGCCGUGAAGGAAUAGGAGGUUGUAACAAUGGUCCUUUUGAUUAUUGGACUAUUCCAAGAAAUUCUCAACCGCAUUACAAGAUACGAAGUUCAGAGAAUAAAGAAUUUUAUAUGCCUGGGAAUUUAUUUCUGAAUGAAAAAUCUCUACCACGUUCAAGACGUAAAGGUCAUAGAAAUGUUAGAGAAAAAAGUGAAGCUAUACUCAGUGGGUCAGGUAACACUGGAAAGCAUCAUAAUCGUCGAAAUUCUGCCAAACCUUCUGAAAAGGUGGAAAGUACUGGUUUAACACAAAAUAAAAAUGAUAUACCAAAUGUAACUGAUUCAGAGAAAUGUCGAAGUGAAUUAAAAGUCUAUUUUCGAUUUUCUCGUGGAACUCUAAGUGAUCCUUUCACAUUUGAUUAUUUAAAAAAUAAAGAAUUAUUAAUACAACUUCAAGCACGUUGUCGUGGAUGGAUUACACGAAGUAAAUCUUCUAAUCAAAGGACUGAAGAAAAAGCAGUGAGAUGUAUUCAGAAAAAUGCAAGUAUUAUGCUUGAUCCUUGGUUUCGUCUAAUGUUGGCCUUAAAACCAUUAAUUCGUACACAUCGUACAGAAGAGGAAUUGUUAUUCCUUAGAAGUGAAUUAGAAAGAUACAAAGCACUAGUUCGUAUGUUACGCUUCGAAAAUGCGGAAUAUCAAGCAAGAGUAGCAAAUUUAGUACAGUUGUUGGAACAAAUGAGUACAAAUGUGUCAAAUGCAUCUACAGUGCAAAGUUUAGUACAACAGAUAUCAGAAGCGCUGAGUAAAAACCAAGAGUUCUGGCAGACGUUAGCUGCUGAUAACAAGGCUUUAAAUGCAUUAGCUCCUCAGAAGCCUAGUAAUUUGCUUGAAGUUGAGCCGUCUCCCCUAAAUCCCGGAUCUCCAAUGACUAAACUGAAAAAUGAUGCGGAAUUUUAUCGUGAUCAAGUUGAACUUUUACGUGAGGAGGCAGAUGAACAACAAUUACGUUCUGCUGAACAUUAUAAAAAUCAAGUUCGUGUUCUUGGUGAACGUGUAGAACAAUUACAACAUAUUUUAGCCUUAGAAUCUAGUAAAGUUGAACGUUUGAGCUCAGAACUAGAAGAGAAAAAUUCUACAGAAGCUGAAGGUAAAGCAUAUGUGCGUAAUCUUGAACUUAUGGUGAAUCAAUUAAGUAAACAAUUAGAACAAAGAAGUAAAUUAUUAGCGAAUGGAGUUGGUAAUGAUGAAAAUGAACAAAGCCAAAAUGAUGAAAAAGACGUGAAGACAAAAGAGCUAAUUACUGAACUACAAAAUGAACUGGCUACACAUCGUGAUUUAGUUGUUAAACUCAGAGAAUAUUUAUCAUCACAUUCUGAUGUGUCUUCACAACUUGAUAGUAAUACCCAAUGUGCAUUAGACUUAUUGAACUCACCAAUUCUAAUUGGUAAAACAAAUUUAAAUCAACAGCAAGCCCAACAUUUCUUUGGAUCAUCUAGAACACAAUCUAGAGAGGAAGUGAAUGAUUUAACUCCAAGAAGCAAUACAUCACAUCAAUUAGCUGAAAUGAAAAAACAAUUGGUACUUAUGCAUAAACAGUUGAUUGAAUCAGAAGAUACCGUUAAACAAGAAGCGGAAAAUCGGGAAGAACUAGAAGCUGAAAACUUUAGUUUAUAUGAUAAAAUAUCUAUACUGGAUAGACAAUUACGUCAUAUACAAGAUGAAUACGAUGAACUUGUUAAGAAAGAAAUGAUUAAUCAACGUACAUUAAAAGAUGUUCAAGAACUUCUAGAUGAUGAAUCAAGAAAGCGUACAAAACUUGAACAACAAAAUAAAGAAUUGGAACAACAAUUAGCUGAAUUACGUGAUUACAAUGAACCAGAAGAUGAUUUAGUAACCAGAGAGUGGGAAUCAAUCAAAUCAAAAUUACGGGCUGAUGCUAUGUUUUAUAAGAGGAGUUUAGAUCAAUUACGGGAAGAAUAUGACCAAUAUCGUAUUGACAACGAUCCUGUAUCCAUGCAAAGACAAUUGACAGAAAAAGAAGAAAAAGUAAAUUUAUUAGAAAAGGAAAAACAACAAUGGCGUAUGGAAUUGGAUAUACAAAACGUAAAGCUACAAAAUGCUACUUCAUUAUUAGAGGAUACCGAAUUGCGCCUAAAAAUGCUGAAUAGAGAACGUACAGCUCAAAUGCAUCGUAUGUCCCAACUUGAAACAGAAAGAGAUGAAUUAAUUAGACAAGCAGCUACAAUAACAGGUAGAGCUGCAGCUGAUAGGGAGAUGGCUAUUGCUAAAUUACGUGAAAUGGAUGAAUUACGUUCAGAAAGAGAUAUUUUAAGAAAAGAAUUGACAGAAGUAAAACAAGAACUUGCUGGAAGUACAGCUGAAAAUGCAGCUGAACGACGUCAAUUACAAGCACGUUUACGUGAAACAGAAGCUCACAAUGAAGCACGUAUUUCAGAUAUUAAGUCUGAAUUAGAAAGAGUUCGUGAGGAACUAGAACAACUGCAAGUACGUUUGAUGAAAUAUUAUUGAUUCCUCUGGAUAAGUGUAAUAAAACGUAUUUUUAGAUAUUGAAUUUACAUGAAUUUCAUGUUAUUAAUGUACCUGAACAUUAUUACAAAACUCAUUCAGAAAAAUAUCCGUGGUAUGUAUCGAUGAAACUGUGAAAUAAUAACGUUUAAUUGAUUCUGUUUACACUAUAUCAUCAAUUAAGAUUAUCAGACACUCAGCAACGAAAUCACUAUAUUAGUUCUGAAUGCCGUGAAUAGUAUAUGGACAGAAAUACAAAUUUUAUAUUAUGAAUAAAGUAACAGUGAUUGGUGGUUAAAGUUUUUAAUCUUCUAUUCUUGUUAUCAUUAGAUUGAUAUGAUCAUAAAUCAAACUAAUAUAGGAAAAUAAAAGAAGAUUCCCAUAAAAACAAACAGUCAUAACUAGAGUAGAAUCGUCGUAUUCACUAGCAUGAAUGAUUCAAUCUAAGGAGCUUAGAGAAUAUCAUACCACCAAGAAAUAUUCACUUACACCACAAAUUUUCUCUAAUGAGAUAAAUUACUUGUUACAAGAAAAUAUGGCAUUAUGUAUUUAUCAGUUUUUUUUCAAUUUAAAAUGAAACAAACUGCACCUUUGAUUUUCUAGAUUUAUCCACAAUACCAUACUGCAACGAAUAGUAUAUUAUUAAGUGAUUCUCAAUGAAACUUGGUAAGUCUUGCGGAUUGAACGCUAUAUUCGUCUCCUAAGCUAUUCUGUAACCCCCAAGCUAGAACUAUACAGCGACCUGAACACGAGAGAGAAGACACAAAGUAUGCGAGAAGUAGUUUACUCCAAGGUCCAUUUUAAUACAGAAAACACAGGGUUUUUUUAAUAUUUUAAAUGUUUUUGGGUUGCUAGGAGAUUCUGGAAUGCUACUGAACAUAGUAACAGUGUAGCAAUCAGCCAAUCAGAACCUCCGCAUCUGAGGUUUCGCUUCCUUGAUAUUUUUGGCUAAAACCUCAAGUGAACGCUGAUUGGAUGAAACGCUUCUUAGUGUUUCCUGAUGCUUGCUUGUCUUUUGCAAGCAAUUUUCUGGAUCACUCCAACAAAACUGAAGACUGUUAGUCUAAAAAAUACUUCUAACUGCAUUUACAACUAGAAUAUUCAUUUCAUAAUAUUUGUUAACCAUCUUAUUACAUUACUGACAUUGGAUUUCUAACCUUUUCUAUCAAAGAACUUUGUAGUCAACCAAGUUAGAAUUGAAUUCAGAUGUUCACGUGCAGAAUUGAAAUAUAAUCGUAGUAUAUCUCAACCGGCAGAUUCUAAACCGGUGAUCCUAAAUAUAAAUUCCAAUGAUAGGUCUAAAUGUCUGGAAUGUGAUCACAUCAGAUAAUUACAGAUUCACACUUUUUAGAACUUUUACACAGAAAAGAUAACUUGCACUGCUUCAUCAUUCGAUGUUAGUUGGUUGUUCAUGAUCAAUUCCGUACCGUACACGCUACAUCAGCACACUCAGCCAAAAUUGGAAGCAUGGAUGGUAAACAUUGGAUUAUCUAUAAUACCGAUGAUACUGAGAAAACUAAAUAAGAAAAAUAUAGUUAGGUGGAAUCAAAACUAUGAGGUGAUAUUUACACCAAAAAUGUAGAAAAUGAUAAUUAGAGAAUACACUAGCACUACCGUGAUCAGUCCUGAAUCUUAACAUCUAAUGUCUUCAGCCCUUGAUCAGGUUUAUCACGUGAGUUUUAUUCAAGUAGUAGGUGGCUAGCAACGAGACUUAGUUAGAUUGCUAACAGUUUUAUGGAACGAUGGGACGUUUUUGUGUGGCCUCUACUGGGUUUAUUCUAGCCUACUAUUAAACCAACUAACACUGUCCAUCGAAUAAGAAUAUGGAUGUCCGUGUUUACAAUAUGACUACUCUUCACUACCUAAUAUCGUGCGUUAGGCCUCAACACUGACCACUCGGUUGUCAAACCGUACACAAACUAUUUUUUAAUGAUAUUUAUGGCAUAAUUUACAACAAAAUAAAUUGUUGUACGGUAUAUACACACCCUUCUACUUUAUUCCUUAUGGUCAAUGUUGGUAAUUAUUCGACAUACUAGUGGAUCAAACUUUUGCAGUUAGAGGAAGAGAAAUUCACUUAAGUCAUAUAGAAAACAAUCUAUUUCAUCAUUAUCUUGAUAAAACUGGAAUAUUUGAUCUGCGUACUCUAGGUGGAUCCAUGAAUAUCUUUAGAGAGAAUCAAUAUCUGGUAUGACAAACAAAGAAAUUUGAAGUUAGCGUUUCGUGUUGCUUAUCCAUAGAAAGCAUUUAUUAUAUGCUCAAAAUGUCUCAUGAAAAUAUGGCUCAACUGAAUUACUUGAUAGUCAACCUAAAUGAUACUUCAUAUUUAGUUUAAACAUUAUCGCCGUUGUGUUAUGUAAGAAAGCGGUUGGUAAAAAUAGAUGCUGAUUUAUUAUUUCAAAACAAAGUCAGUAAAUCAUGGAUAAGGGAAACUUUUUUAAAGUAAAACGAUUAUCGAAGCAGAUAAAUUGGUUGAAUUGCAAACGACACAAGCAUCAGAAAUGGAAUUACGAAGUGUUAAUCAACAUCAAAAAUGGAAAAUUCAUGAAUUAGAGGAUCAAGUUAUUCAUUACACUAGUCGUAUUUCCGGUUUGGAACGUCGCAGCAUCGAUUUAGAUGCUGAAUUAGUACGUGCAAAAGCCGAUUUAAGCGCUUCACGUGAAACAGCUUCAUUAAGACGUGCAACAAAAACUCGUAUGGCAGAUGAAUGGUUAAAUAUAUUAGAUAUUCCAACCGAAACUGAAGACUAUGAUGAUGAUGAUGGUUAUCAAAGAGAAGUCAUUUUGUUUAAAAGAAGAAGUAGACAAAAUAUUAAUGACACAAGUGAUGAUUUGGUAAAACAAAGAUUAAGAAUUGGUCAAUCAGAAAAUGAUCUGUUAAAAAAUGAUUCUAAAGAGUAUAAACCAAGUAAUCCAAUUUUAAAAGAUUCUAGAUAUCGAUCAGAAAGUGUUCUAUCAAAUAUUGGUCGAAUAAAUCGAAAAUCCACAAUUCGUUCAGAUAUCAAUGAUACAAGAAGUAAAUCAUCAAACAAUUUAAAAUCGAAUGGAUUGAAAUCUUCAACUAAUUCAUUACAAACUGAAUUUCAAGAAAAAAAUGAACUUUACAACAAUGACACACAAAAAGAGAGCAAAGAAUAAAGAGUGAAUCACAUAUAGUAAUCAUUAUUAAUGGAGAACAUUAAAAAAAAAGAAGUAUGGAUUCAACCUGUAUAUACAUCAUUCAUAUUACCCAUUAAAGAUAAUAGAUGAUGACUGAUUUCUUCUCAAAGAAUAAAAUUGAAUAAAUGUUAUGUCUUCUAGAAAACAAAACUAAAAUUCAUAGCAAACAAACAAAUCUUCAAUGAUAUUUUAAGAUGUUACAUAAAAAAUAGUCUGAUUUUAGUGAUAAAGUUUUGUAAAUGAUCUCCUUUUAUUUAUCAAAUUACAUUCAUCAUAAAACACAGAUAUCAAUAAUCAUAUUUUUUUUCAGAUCAAUGAAAAAUACAAUAACUUUAAGCUACUCAGACAUAUUUUACAUUUACUUUAUGGAUACAUAUGCGUGUGACUCCUUAGUAUCAUUCAAUCAUUAAAUAUUGCAUACUUUCUUUAGACAAGUAAUGCAAAUUACCAUUUCUCUUGAAUAUAGCUCUUUUUUUAAAAUUAUUUCAUAAUAUGCUGUUGUUUACUACAUACAACAAUGAUGACAUUAUUCAGGCAAACAGUAUAUAUAUAUAUAUACAUAUACAUUUAUGUGUGUGUGUUUGUUUGUUUGUGUUUAUUGUUUCCUUUGCUAGAUGUACGUUUGUUCUUUUAAAAAAAAACUUUUAUAGCGAAGAAACAAAACCAUCACACAUGUACUGUGAUUCAUAUCAGAAAUAUGUAAUUACUUUAAUUGGUUUAUAUGAUUGAUCAUUUAUAACAAACAAUUAAGUAUUAUUAUUUUCUUAAUUCAUUUUUGUAUUCACAAUUUUUUGGGGGAUAUUGGUGAUUACAGUAACAAUAUAAAAUAACAAUAAAUGCAGACAAAGUUUU